AUGGAAUAUGCGCUGUUAGUAAAUGAAGAUGAUGAAGCUAAUGAAUGUUUAUCUUCAGAUGAAUUUGAAUUAAAACCUCGAAAUAUUUUAAAAACAAAUAACGAAUCGAUAUCACGAAUUAAAACAAAAACUAAAAUGGGUAUAUCAUGUUCAUCAAUUUUAUCUCUAUGUCGUAAUAAAGCACAUAAAACUCAACCACGUAAUAUUAUGAUCAGUCGACGUGAUCUUAAUUCCAUUUGGUAUCCAAAAAAUGUCAUUCGAAAUCAAAAAUAUAAUAUUUUAACAUUCAUUCCACUUGUUCUUUUUGAACAAUUUCGUUUUUUUCUUAACCUUUAUUUUCUUGUUAUGGCAUGUACACAAUUUAUUCCUAUGUUUCGUGUUGGUUAUCUAUACACAUAUUGGGGUCCAUUAGCUUUUGUUUUAUUUGUAACUAUGCUACGUGAAGCCUAUGAUGAUAUUAAACGUGCAUAUCGAGAUAAAGAACUUAAUUCACAAAUGUAUACAUUAUUAUGUGCUAAUGGACGACGAAAAAAAGUUCCAAGUUCACAAUUACAAGUAUCAGAUGUUAUUAUCAUACAAAAAAAUCAACGUGUACCAGCUGAUGUUGUUCUUUUACAAACAUCUGAUAAAUCAGGUACUUGUUUCAUUCGUACUGAUCAAUUAGAUGGUGAAACUGAUUGGAAAUUACGUAUCGCUGCUCCAAUGACGCAGUCACUUGAAGAUUUAUCUGUUUUAAUAUCUGAAACCAGUGCCACAGCUAAAAUUCAUGCUGAACCUCCUAGUUUAAGUAUACAUGAAUUUAAUGGUGUUAUAUCAUGGAAACAAGAUGAACCAUUAACAGUUGAAAGUGUUCUAUGGUCUGGGACUGUUGUUGCAACAGGUGAAGUUGUUUGUUGUGUUGUAUAUACUGGAUCUGAUACACGUAUGGUUAUGAAUACAAGUAAACCACGAUCAAAAGUUGGUUUACUUGAUACUGAAAUAAAUACGUUAACAAAAUUAUUAUUUGCUGCACUUGUUCUUUUAUCUAUGGUUAUGCUUAUAUUAAAAGGUUUUCGUGGACCAUGGUAUAGAUAUUUAGUACGAUUUUUUCUUUUAUUCUCAUAUAUGAUACCAAUAAGUCUUCGUGUUAAUCUUGAUAUGGGCAAAACAGUUUAUGCUUGGUUUAUACAACGCGAUAAAACUAUUCCUGAUACUGUUGUACGUACCAGUACAAUACCGGAAGAAUUAGGACGAAUUGGUUAUCUUCUAUCGGAUAAAACAGGAACAUUAACACAAAAUUUAAUGAUUUUUAAACGUAUACAUUUGGGUACAGUAUCAUAUACAAAUGAAAAUCAAACUGAAGUAUCGAAUUUACUUAAACAACAAUUUAAAACAACAACAACACCUAUACAUGAAAAUCAACAAUCGAUUGCAUCAGCAUUACCAUCUAGUAAAACACGUAAUGUUGUUAAAAAAACGGAAGCAACUAAAGUUCCCGAAGCUGUUAAAGCAUUAGCUUUAUGUCAUAAUGUAACACCAGUAUUUGAAGAAAAAACAUCAGCAUCAUUAGAUACAUCUGCUCGUUCAGUAGAAGAAAAAAAUACCAAUCCCAUGACAGCUCCUCGAACAUCUGUAAUAAGACGUAGUGGUGAUAUUAGUUCAUUACCAGAUACACCAUUAACAGGUGCAACAUCAUUGAAUACUACAGAUGCAUCAGAUCUAACACAAUUAUUAUCACCUACAGAUGUAACAUAUCAAGCAUCAAGUCCUGAUGAAAUAGCUCUAGUCGAAUGGACUGAACAAGUUGGUUUAACUCUCGUUCAUCGUGAUUUACAAUCUAUGACAUUACAAUUAAAUUCAACUCAACAAUUAUUUCAUUAUCAAAUUUUACAAAUGUUUCCAUUUACAUCCGAAACAAAACGAAUGGGAAUAAUUAUUCGUGAUGAACAAACAAAUGAAAUAAUAUUCUAUUUAAAAGGUGCUGAUAUUGUUAUGCAAUCUAUUGUUCAAUAUAAUGAUUGGUUACAAGAAGAAUGUUCAAAUAUGGCUCGUGAAGGUUUACGUACAUUAGUUGUUGCAAAAAAACAUUUAACAUCUGAACAUUAUCAAGAAUUUGAACAACGUUUAAUGAAAGCACGAUUACAAACAAUUGAUCGUAAUCGUCGUGUUAAUGAAGUUAUUGAAACAUUAGAACGUGAUAUGGAAUUAUUAUGUGUAACUGGUGUUGAAGAUAAAUUACAAGAAAAUGUUCGACAAACAUUAGAAAUUUUACGUAAUGCUGGAAUUAAAGUAUGGAUGUUAACUGGUGAUAAAUUAGAAACAGCAACAUGUAUUGCUAAAAGUUCGAAAUUAAUUGGACGUGAUCAUGAUAUAUAUACAUUUAAACAAAUAACAACAAGAGAAGAAUGUUUACAAGAAUUAAAUAUGUUUAGAAGAAAAAAUGAUGCUUGUUUAAUAAUAACAGGUGAUACAUUACAAAUAUGUUUAUCAUUUUAUGAAAGAGAUCUUAUGGAAUUAAUAAUUCAAUGUCCAGCUGUUGUUGUUUGUCGUUGUUCACCAACACAAAAAGCAAACGUUGUUGAUUUAUUAAAAAAAUAUGGAAAUCAACGUGUUCGAGUUUGUGCUAUUGGUGAUGGAGGCAAUGAUGUUAGUAUGAUACAAAGUGCUGAUGUUGGUGUUGGUAUUGUUGGAAAAGAAGGUAAACAAGCAUCAUUAGCAGCUGAUUUUUCUAUUAAUCAAUUUUCAUAUUUAUCACGCUUAUUACUUGUUCACGGUCGUAAUAGUUAUAAACGUUCAGCAGCAUUAUCACAAUUUGUCAUGCAUCGUGGUUUAAUUAUAAGUGUUAUGCAAGCAAUAUUUUCAUCAAUAUUUUAUUUUGCUUCUAUAUCACUUUAUCAAGGAUUUUUACUUGUCGGUUAUGGAACGGUCUAUACAAUGUUUCCAGUUUUUUCACUUGUAUUAGAUAAAGAUGUACGAUCCGAAAUAGCAUUACUUUAUCCAGAAUUAUAUAAAGAAUUAUCAAAAGGAAGAAGUUUAUCAUUUAAAACAUUUUUUCUUUGGGUUUUUAUUUCAAUAUAUCAAGGUGGAGCAAUUAUGUAUGGAUCAUUUCUUUUAUUUGAUGAUGAUUUUAUUCAUGUUGUUUCUAUUACAUUUACUUCAUUAAUUUUAACAGAAUUACUUAUGGUUGCACUUACUAUUCGAACAUGGCAUCCAUUAAUGAUUUUGGCCCAAUUAUUAAGUCUUGCUUGUUAUGUUCUUUCAUUAAUUGUUCUGAAAUCCCAUUUCGAUCCUGAAUUUCUUCAAUCAUGGGAUUUUAUAUGGCGUGUACUUCUUGUUACAUUGAUAUCAUGUUUACCACUUUAUGUUCUAAAAUUUGUUCAAGUGAAAUGUAAACCACCCAUUCAACAAAAACUCAUGCAAUAUGCCACAUUAAAAUAA